ACUGCGCAUUUAUGUUUAUUGGUUCAACAAAUCUUUUUAAAUAUGAUAUCCAUGUGAAACCUGAGAAAAAAAAAUCUACAGCAGAAACUAUAUUUAAUACGUUGUGAAAAUACAUUAUCAAAAUAGAUUGUGAUGCGUGUGAUUUAGCCACAUGAACAGUUGAGGUGGCGUCGCAGAUACUCUAGACUUUAGAGUUGUUGUGACUGUUUCGGUUUUAAAACCCACUCAAUUCCUUGUAGAAUGCAGUACAAUACCUUUUAUAUACGUUUCUACGUUUUUAUUUCCCCAUGGCUUUCUGACGAUGUUUUUAGUGUUUAUAGUAUUUUAAACCAUAGAAACUAUAAUUAUAUGACUACAGAACUAAGGACCAGGAUUUAAUUCUUGAAAUCGAAACUUUGAGCUACACUAAAGGAGUAUUGGCUUCCGGGGAAGGAAUGAGGUUUGAGAAUAAGUCGACUUCGUAAUACCAUGAACUGUAACCAAAAUAAAGUAUUAUGUAGUAUACAAGAUUAUGGUAAACGAGAAUGUUAUUCAAUUUACUUGGUCCGUGUUCAGCAUGAGGUCAACAUGAACAACAACGUUCCAACAGAAAUUCAGAGUCGAGUGGGGGAGAUCUGACAGUUCUUCCAUGGCCUCUGCCCUAAGCCAUCUCUCUCAAAUGACUGAAAGCUGGAUUGAUAGAGGAGUAGAAGGAGAGGAGCAGGUAGAGGAUGAGUUUGCCUGUUCUGGGGCGCUACGCGGAGCCCUUCAGUCCUUCCAACCUUUGGUAGAGAGAAUAUUUUGGGUGUCCUUUACGAUCGGGAGAGAUGAAGAUGCUGUGUUACCACACGAUGGACAGAUCUGGCUCAAAAUGAUAGGAGGGAGGAAAGAUGUCGAGAGUGCCAAAUUGUUUGUGAAGGGGGUUGUGAACCAGGAGGCCCAGCAGGAGGUCCCAUAUCCAGGGUUCCUCCACUGUGUGUUCUGCGGAGCCCGGGGGCUGUUUACUGACUGCUUGAUCAGGAACACCUCUGCUCACAUAGUGGUGGGUUCCCCAGGGUUUCUUCUAAUCUCAGGGCUGGCAGAACCAGUGGUCAGGGCCUACUCCCUAAUCACAGACCUGGUGGAGCGUCACGAGGGCACCCAGGGACGACGCACCGAGCCUGGGGACAGAGGAUUAGGUGAGACCCUGGAUUCCCGUCGGGCCUUCAAAUCCCUGGUGGAGAGAUGGGAAGACAGGCACACUCUGGACCUCCUGGUUUUGCCAGGAGCCGUGAAGGAGACCUUACUAGAUCUGGUGAGGGAGUCUGGACCGGGAUCCAACCUCGGUCAUAGAGGUUUGCCGGGGAAUGUCUCAAAUCCUGUUCUGGGGUUGCCCUCUAACUUGGGUCUUGGGUCGUCUUGGGACAGAGUGGGUGCAAUGGACACUGCUAACCGGAGACUAUGGGAUAGCCCAUCCAGUACCGCAGGACUAACAUUUACGGAUACCAGACUUGGAGAUGCUAGGGAUAUUCAGGGAAUUUCAACAACAAAACCCAACAUCUCCAGCCAAGACCCCGGUCCACGGAACACCGAACAGCUUUCCCAACAGAUGUUCUCCACCCCACCUGUACAAAGCAGAGAGGUUAGCAGAGCGAAGACUCCGGUGGCAGUUGAGCACAGAGCAGCACCCAAAAAUCCUAUCUUCCACUCUCCUCCCCAAACCAAGGACAUUCGCGGUCGAGCGGAGGGAGCGGAAGAGGUAGCAGAGGAGGAACAGGGGGAAGUAGAGGAGGAGGAGGAGGAGGAGACAGAGUUGUUGUUGUCAGUAGGGAGUAGGGAGGAGUUUAGACUCCUGCUGAAGUUCUUCACAGCCAUGGGUUAUGCGGAAGACGUGGUGCUGAGAGUCCUUGCCCGGACCGGACCCAAAGAAGCCUCCCAGAUCCUGGACCUUGUGCAGCAGGAACAGGACCGCUCUGGAGUGACCAUGAACCGCCCUGUGGAGAUGGAGCACAGAGAGGGGGAGAACAGGGGAGAAGAGGGGGGGGCGAGAGAAGGGAGAGGAAAGAGAAGCAUGAUGGAUGGAAGGAUGGAGGUGGAGGUGGAGGGAAAUGUGGAAGAAGGGGUGAGGAGUAAAGAGGUACAGAGAGAGGGGAGGAGUGGAGAGGAGGAUGGAAAUUCUACGGCGGGAAACCAGGAACCACACGAGGAGGCUGGGGAGAGCGGCGAGGCGAACAGGGAGAGCGGCGAGGGUGGAAACGAUGAGGAUUUUGUCCUGGGGGUGCUAAAGAGAGCGGCGGCCAGCUGUGGAUACACAGAAGAGAAGGUUGCCGAAGUAUACAGCACUUUUCCUGAGCUGUCCACCCGCCAACUACUCCUGAAGCUACAGAGAGGGGGCGCCAAAGAGACAUCAAAGUCAACUGACUCCCUGGGCAGAGUACGAGACGAACCAAGGGAGGUGGACGAGGUUGUCUCAGAAGUACUAAGAAACACGCACAUAAAAGAAGAAAAGGAGGUGAGAGCUAAAGAAACUGAAGCUCCGGCACAACCAUCCACAGCUAGAGAAAGAGUGGAAAUUAGGAGUGCCGAAGGAAAGCCCGAAAAGAAGACUGAUGUGCCGAAUAGAACCGCUGAUGUCCCGGUUAAGGUUCCAGAUCUGGCUGAGUGGAACACCUUAAUGACCCACAUUCAGCCACCCCAAACCUAUAAUCAACCUGCCAAAGGGCACAAACCCCAUCAAGUCAACUCUCCACUGGUCAGAGGGCCUCCCCAGCCCACCUACCCCCCUAAAUUUCCCUCACCGCCAACCUACACCCCCGAGCUACCUCCACAACCCAACUAUCCCCCUACCUUUCAUCAUCCAAUGGUUUACCCACUCGCCCAAUCACCUCGGACCACCUUAUCACCCGCUCUCACCCUCAAUAACUCCCCAGUAACCAAAGUAAAGGAGAAACCGGGUCCUCUACCCGUAGAAGCUGAACGUACGGAGACAUGGGGCUUCCCCAAAAUGGCAAUAGGGGCUAUGGUGACGGGGCAGCAGCGCUUCCUGGAAGGCCUGCAGACACCCUUUGACCUCAAGCUGACUGACCAACCAGGAGACCCAAGCCUCAGGAUGGUGAUCAUAGACGGGAGCAACGUUGCCAUGAGCCAUGGGCUGGGACAUUUCUUCUCAUGCCGAGGAAUUGCCCUGGCCGUGCAACACUUCUGGAACCGCGGCCAUCGCAGAAUCAGCACCAUCAUACCCCAGUGGAGGCAGAAGAGAGACCCCAGGAUCAAAGAGCAACGCUACCUAAUUGAGCUCCAGGACUUAGGCCUACUAUCCUAUACUCCCUCCAGAGAGGUCCAAGGAAAGAGGAUCAACUCAUACGAUGACAGGUUUAUGCUGCAGCUGGCACAAAAGACAGAUGGAGUAAUUUUAACAAACGACAACCUUCGUGACCUGCUGGAUGAGUCUCAUGUAUGGAGAGACAUAAUCAAGAAAAGCCUCCUUCAGUACACCUUCGUAGGAGAUCACUUCAUGGUACCUGAUGAUCCUCUGGGCCGAGGAGGACCCCACCUCGAUGACUUCCUACGCUCACAGUCCAGGCCUCCUGUCCUAGGCAGUCACACGUUUGCAGGGGUGGCGUCCCCACCAUUCCCUUCGACCAAAGUCCCAAGGGCCCGAACGGAUGUUCUGCAGUUCCGAGAACGUACACCAGGGGCUGCUGUGGACCCAGAGUCCAGCCAGGCCCAGAGCCGAAGGAGAGGGAAGCGACAAGCUAAAGCUAAAUAUGGUGACCCAGGGAUGGGCCAUGGUCUGGGGGUACAGAGGAGUGAGUUAGAGACCUCAAGACUUAUGGAGAGCUUAUGCCAGGUGUUUCCAGGACAGGAGAACAUGGUUAGUUGGGUUCUGCAGUGUAACCCAACAGCGACUGACAUCAAUUCACUGUCAGACAUUAUACUGGAGCAACAGACAGACAGUGAGGAUGAAGUCUGAUAGAGUAUGGAAGAGAGGGAGUGUGUGUGUGUGUGUGUGAGAUGGA